GUAAUUAUAGCCAAAUCCGGAAAGCAAGAAAACACGGCCCGAAUUCGAAGACAGGACGAUUUCCUCGAGCUUUUAGCGAAUGAAUAUACUAUGCAGAUGAGGAGUGGGUACAAUGGAUGAAGAUGUGACAGCCCUGUCUAUCCACUCUGAAGAACCGAAGAUCACCUUCCGUGGAUCAGACGGCGAUGAGGACGAUGCUGUGGUCGUGGAGCUCCAGGAGACCGUGUUUGUCUCUGGUGCACAGGGAGAAAGCAUGUCGGUGCACAGUUUCGCUCCAGAUGAGCUGGUAAUCCAGGAUGCCAUCGAGGAUGUGGUGGCAGAAUACGUGCAGUGCACUGAUGAGGAGGGGCUAAGGGCCAUCCCCGUGGAAACCUGUGUGAUGUCACCUGAGGAGGUGGCUUUGGAAGACGAGGGGCUGCAGGUCGACGUGGCUACGGACGGAAACGUCCAGGAAGACCCAGACGGCUGUGGAGACUACCUGAUGAUUUCCCUGGACGAAGCUGGCAAACUGGUCUCUGAUGAUGGUGCCAAGGUGACGGUCAAGGGUUUAGAAGAUCAGGUAGAAGUUGAGAAGGAUGAGGAGGGUCAAGAGGUCAUCAAGGUAUACAUCUUCAAAGCUGACUCAGGAGAGGAAGACUUGGGGGGCACCGUCGACAUCAGGGAAAAUGAGAUUGACGUUGAUGAGGGCGUGGAGUUGGUGGACUCUUCGGGUCUGCCCAUUCGAGAGAAAAUGGUAUAUAUGUCAGUGGAUGAAGCCAAUCAGGGGCAGGAUGAUCUCAAUGUAGCUGAUAAGAUCUCUGAUGAGGUGUACAUGGAGGUGGUGGUGGGGGGUGAAGAGCCAGCAAUCCGUCAACGUCAAUACGAAAGUGCUUCACUUAACAAGGACUUUAUGCCUGUAACUUGGGCACCUGCAUACGACGGGGAGGAGAACACGGGCUCUGAGAACCGGAACGGAGCAGCCAGCGCUCUGCUACACAUCGACGAGUCGGACAUGAUUGACAAGUUGAACCGACAGCGGAGCAAGAGCAAGAACAAAAAACGCAAUGAGACUCGUCAAGUUCAGACAGCGAUCAUCAUUGGACCUUACGGCCAGCCUUUGACGGUGUAUCCCUGCAUGCUUUGCGGCAAAAAGUUCAAAUCACGUGGAUUUCUUAAACGCCACACCAAGAAUCACCAUCAGGAUAUGCUGAACAAGAAGAAGUACCAGUGCACAGACUGUGACUUCACCACCAACAAAAAGGCCAGUCUUCACAACCAUAUGGAGAUCCACACGCUGAGUAGCAAAGCCCCCUUUGAGUGUGAGAUAUGUGGUAAAGAGUUCCACCAGCAGGCGGCGCUGUUUUCUCACCGACUACAACACCAUCACCGAGAGUCCAAGCUCCAGAUCCCACCUCCCACCACCAAAAUGCACAAGUGCAAGUUCUGCGAUUACGAGACUGCAGAGCAGGGACUCCUUAACCGACACUUGCUGGCCGUACACAGCAAGAACUUCCCCCACAUUUGCGUAGAGUGCGGGAAGGGAUUCCGUCAUCCCUCGGAGCUGAAGAAGCACAUGAGGACUCACACAGGCGAAAAGCCCUACUCGUGCCUCUACUGCGACUACAAGUCGGCCGACUCAUCCAACCUGAAGACGCACGUGAAAACCAAGCACAGCAAAGAGAUGCCCUACAAGUGCGAGCGUUGCUUCCAGACGUUCGCGGAGCCUGAGGAGCUCAUGCAGCACGGACUGACGCACGAGGAGGCCAAGACGCACCAGUGCACCCACUGCGACCACAGGAGUUCCAACUCUAGCGACCUUAAACGUCACAUCAUUUCCGUGCACACCAAAGACUACCCGCACAAAUGCGCCGUGUGCGGCAAGGGCUUCCACCGGCCGUCGGAGCUCAAGAAGCACUCCGCCUCCCACAAGGCCAAGAAGCUCCACCAGUGCCGACACUGCAACUUCAAGAUCGCGGAUCCGUUCGUGCUCAGUAGGCACAUCCUGUCCGUUCACACCAAAGACAAACAGGCUUUCCCGGAUAAAGGGGGGGUCAAGAGGACAUUCGGGGCGGGUAAGAAGGUUUUGUCGGGCGGCGGCACAGCCAAGGUGCAGAGAGAGCGACGGGUCUACCAGUGUCAGUAUUGUGACUAUAGCACAGGCGAUGCCUCGGGUUUCAAGAGGCACGUGAUCUCCAUCCAUACCAAGGACUACCCACACCGCUGUGAGUUCUGCUCAAAGGGGUUCCGCAGACCCUCAGAGAAGAACCAGCACAUUAUGCGGCACCACAAAGACAUGGUGCCUCCGGUGUGACCCAGACGUCUUGCCAAACGUUCUCUUAGAAACUCCAAUCAGACAACCAGUGCCCUACUCAGCUGUACAAAGACCUACCUUUUCCUUAGUUUUGAUAUAACAAUAAUUGACACCCUUAUUAGUUCUGAAACUGAUACCUUGAAUGACUGUAGGAUAAAGUCUGAUUGUUGGGGGUUGAAUGCAGCGUAGA